AUGAGGCUCUGUGUCUGCCUUGUCUUGCUCUCCUUCACUCUAUGUGCAAGUGCUGACUUCUCAUUUGUACGCCGUGGUGCACAAUUUGCCUGGGAUGCAGCGGGAGGGGCAUGGGAUAUGUUCAGAGCAUACCGGGACAUGCGUGAAGCAAAUUAUGUGGGUGCUGACAAAUAUUUCCAUGCUCGUGGCAAUUAUGAUGCUGCCCGAAGAGGACCUGGCGGUGCUUGGGCAGCCAGAGUGAUCAGUGACGCCCGGGAAAACUGGCAAAGCGGGGUGAGCGGCAGAGGCGCCGAGGACACCCGCGCUGACCAGGAGGCGAACGCCUGGGGCAGGAGCGGCGGGGACCCCAACCGCUACAGACCCAGGGGCCUUCCCAGCAAGUACUGA